AUGACCGGUUAUUUAAGUAUUGGUUUUGAAUUAGCCGCUGAAUUAACUUAUCCAGAAAGUGAAGGUUUAACAUCUGGUCUGUUGAAUACUUCAGCACAAAUAUUUGGCCUUAUACUAAUUCAUGUUGCAACUCCACUACGAACACAUUAUGGAGUAUUGCCGGCAAAUUUAUUCCUUACAGGUUUAACAGUAGUUGGCACAAUAUUGACAAUAUUCACGAAAGAAAAUCUUCGUCGUCAACAAGCACAUGAACGUAAGAAGUCAGAAGUGAAUGUCAUCUCCGAUGAAUAAACUUUUGACCAAAGAACUGAACAAAGAAUAAAAUGUUGUACAUUCUUCAUUGAAAUGAACAAUAAUUCCAGAACACAUACACACACACACAGACAAAAGAAACCACAGCAAAACACUAUCUUCAUUCGCUUUUUCCUCUUCACAACAAAAUCGAUCAACGAAAUCAAUGCUAGGAGUGAUAUGUGG